AUGAAACCAAACUUUUCAUGGCUGCCACCGUUGCUCUUGCUUACUUUCCCUUAUUCAUUUUCCAAUGAUUCCAGAAAACUGCCCAGUGUAUUUUUUGGAAGAUAUACGCUCGAAAAAUCUAUUAAUCUGGAUGAAUACCUCACCGCUCGAGGCUACAAGUGGCUUACACGUCGGCUUAUCCUGAUAGCAAGUGUCACAAAAGUAAUUCGAAAAGCAGCUUCAGGGUUGCCUUUACGGUACGAUAUGGAAACUCUUACUUGGAAGAAAAAUGUGCUUUACAUGGAUUUCGAGCUUGGUACUUCUUUUCUAACUGAUCACUUGGAGGAUGGCUUAUUUAAUGUAACAAUAGACACGAGUCAAAAUGGAGCGGUGAUGACAGAAAAUGUGAUACGUGUAGAAAAUCCAGACGAUCAUGAAACGUUUCAAUAUACCCGAGAAGAUGAUUAUCUUAUCAUGCGUACUACGUGGAAAGGCGUAAGUGCAACUGGUUUCUAUCGAAAAGUAUGCUCCUAUGACAUAAAUAAUCCUCCUGAAUUUUGCUAA